AUGUCAGAUUUUGACGAAAAAAGUGGGGCUGUGUCCUCCAGAACUGAAUGGGGACAUUGGUUUCAAACUUUAGAAGAAGUGUAUAUAGAAAUAAACGUCAACCCAGGCACCAAAUCCAAAGAUAUAAAGUGCAAUUUUCAGAAUAAACACCUGCAUGUUUCAGUGAAAGGACAGGGAGAAUUUCCAGAGCCAAUUCAUGGGGAUGAUGGAUUGUGGACACUGGAGGAUGGUAAAAUCAUUAGAAUAUGUUUAAGUAAAACCUUUACAACACCAGAUCAUUGCUGGAAGUCUUUACUAGUUGGGCAGUAUGAAGCUAAUCCUUUAAUUCAUGACGAGAUGCAGAAAAAAUUAACUUUGGAAUCUUUCCAGAAUAAGAAUCCUGGAUUUGAUUUCAGCAAUGCCAGUGUGUCAGGAAACUAUCAAAAUGGUGGACCAGAUCUUCCAUAA